GAUGAAGGUGUUGCUUUUUCUCAGCUGAAAUAUUGCCCCCAAAUACCCUAAUGGCUGCAUUCUUUUCACGGUGCUUAUCUUUAAUUUAUACUUAUAUCUGUGAGGUGUUGGAAAAGUGUUGUAAAACAAAAUAUAGUGUAAUUUCUUAGUGCUUGCAGCACUGAUAUAGAUUCUUUUGUAAAGAACGAGUUAGAAAUCCUUUGAAAUACACAGAGGAAUUCAAGAUACGGUAUCUGAUAUGAAACACACAUUCCAUGUUUUAACUGCAUUCUGAGAUGACGAUGAGCCGCGUGGUGGCGCUGCAGGCUAAGAAGACGCAGAAAAGACCGGUGGAUACGCCAUUUCCACUCCCUGAACGAGUCAAGAAGAGAAGAAGCUUUCUGAGCUGGAACUAGAGGAAGGGUGCGGGACCCUAAUAUUUCUGAGAUACCAGGCAGACGAACGAAAGUCGUAGCUUCUGCUUAUCGUUUGAAGUCGAGCUGGGCUACACAGAUUGUGAGGAGGGGCUCAAAGGAACAAUGGAGCCGGAAGGAGCGAUGAUUCCGCAACAAAGGCAAGUUCUCUUUCUCCUUGUUCUCCUGGGUGUGUCUGGGGCGACCUCAGAGCUGGAGCAGUUUUCGGUUGUGGAGGAGAUGGAAAGAGGCUCCUUUGUGGCCAAUGUGGCAAAAGCCCUGGGCCUGGAGGUGGGGGUGUUUUCCAAUCGGGGAGCUAGAGUCGUUUUCAAAGGGAACAAAGAGUAUUUGCAGCUUCACCCUAAAACCGGGGAUCUGCUCCUGAGGGAGAAACUGGAUCGAGAGGAAUUGUGCGGCCCUGCCGAGCCUUGUGUGUUGCCUUUCCAGAUCUUACUGGAAAACCCCUUUCAGAUUGUCCUGGCUGAAUUAAGGGUACAAGACAUUAAUGAUCAUUCACCAGUGUUCUUAGAAACUGAGAUGCUCCUAAAAAUCCCUGAGAGCACCUCUCUCGGGACUGUGUUCCUGCUAGAAAAUGCGCAGGAUUUGGACGUAGGAAGCAACAGUCUCCAGAACUACACAAUCAGUCCCAAUUCCUUUUUCCAUAUUCAAAUUCGAGAUAGCAGUGAGGGCAGGAGAUACCCAGAGCUCGUACUGGAUGAAACAUUGGAUCGGGAGGAGCAUUCUGAGGUCACUUUAACUCUCACUGCAGUGGAUGGGGGAGUCCCACCCAGGUCUGGAACUGCCCAAGUCCGAGUCCUUGUAGUCGAUAUCAAUGACAAUGCCCCGGUGUUUACUCAGCUCCGUUAUGACGUUCAGAUCCCUGAGAAUAGUUCUAUUGGAUCCAAGGUUGUCACAGUCUCGGCCACAGAUUUAGAUGCAGGGAAUUAUGGAGAAAUAUCUUACACAUUUUUAUAUCCCUCUGAAAACAUUCGUAAAACUUUUUACCUUAAAGAGGAAUUGGGAGAACUUUACUUAAGAGAAAAACUGGAUUUUGAGUCAACUCAAUCUUACAUUAUAAAUAUUCAAGCCACAGAUGGUGGAGGCCUUUCAGCAGAAUGUACUGUUAUUGUUCAGGUGAUAGAUCUGAAUGACAAUCCUCCAGAACUGACCAUAUCUUCACUUACCAGCCCCAUACCAGAGAAUUCUCCUGAGACAGUGGUCGCUGUUUUCAGAGUUUCAGAUCUGGAUUCUGGAGAAAAUGGAAAGAUGGUUUGCUCCAUCCAUGAUGAUCUUCCCUUUGCCCUGAAACCUUCUGUUGAGAACUUCUACACACUGGUAACAGAGGAAGCACUGGACAGAGAGAGCAGGGCAGAGUACAACAUCACUAUUACAGUCACAGAUUUGGGAUCCCCCAGGCUCAAAUCUGAGCACAAUAUCACAGUGCUCAUCUCUGAUGUCAAUGACAACCCCCCAGUGUUUACUCAGAGAACCUACAAACUGUAUGUCCAGGAGAACAACAGCCCUGCCCUCCACAUUGGCAGUGUCAGUGCCAGUGACAGGGACUCAGGAAUCAAUGCCAAAGUCACCUACUCCCUACUGCCUCCAGAGACUGGAGACCUGCCCCUCUUCUCCUACAUCUCCAUCAACUCAGACAAUGGUCACCUCUAUGCUCUGAGAUCCCUGGAUUAUGAAGCCAUCCAAGCUUUCCAGUUCACUGUGAGGGCAACUGAUGGAGGCUCCCCAGCCCUGAGCAGCCAGGCUCUGGUUGAGGUUUUGGUACAAGAUGAGAAUGACAACUCUCCCUUUGUGCUGUACCCCCUGCAGAAUGGUACAGCUCCCUGCAAUGACCUGGUGCCCAGAGCUGCAGAGCCAGGUUACCUGGUGACCAAGGUGGUGGCUGUGGAUAGGGACUGGGGACAGAAUUCCUGGCUUUCCUACCAACUGGUCAAGGCCACAGAGCCAGGACUCUUCAGUGUGUGGGCCCACAAUGGGGAAGUUCACACAGCAAGACCCAUCAGUGAGAGAGAUGCCAUCAAGCAGAGGCUCCUGGUGCUGGUGAAGGACAAUGGGCAGCCUCCUCUGUCCACAGCAGCCACGCUGAAUGUGCUCCUGGUGGAUGGCUUUUCUGAGCCCUACCUGCAGCUCCCAGAUGCAACCAAGGAGGAGGUCCAGACUGGCUCCCUUACCACCUACCUCAUCAUUUCCUUGGCUUCUGUCUCCAUUCUCUUCCUGGUCUUUAUAAUUAUGUUCAUUGUCCUUUGCCUGUGGAAGAGGAAGAAGAAUGCCCCUGAUUCUAGUUGUUUCACUUCAAAUGGCCCCUUUCCAGGUCACUUAGUGGAUGUCAACAGGACAGGGACCCUCUCCCAGAGUUACCAAUAUGAGGUGUGUCUAGCUAGUGGCUCAGGAACCAGUGAAUUUAAGUUCCUGAAGCCAAUUAUUCCCACCCUUCCUACUUCAGAGGGAAAUGAGGACUCAAUUGAAGACUCAGCCUUAAGGAAUAGCUUUUGGUUCAAUUAGGGUUUGGCAUGUGCUUCGAUGCAUAGAAUCCAGGUUUUAUUGCUUCUUUCCUUCCCCCUCCGGUUAGUUGCCUGUCUUCCUGUAGCAUGAAAGAGUAGGUUUUCAUAGUACUACAUUUUUAUCAUGAUGUUUUUAUCUUCUCUCUCCCCCUAUACACACACAUUUUCCUCUUAUCCCUGUAUCCUUUCCAUGUAAACCUUUCUCCUUUUGUUCUCCUUACAUCUGUGAAUUUUCUCCCAGUUAUCCUAUUAUUUUUUAAAUUAUUAAACCAUGACAUUUCCUUUCUCAUUUAAAACUUAAAUUUUUUUAACAUUCCUUUGUUAAAUAAUUCAGCCAGUGUUUUUCAGUACUCAAGCUUGAUUUUGACUGUACUCUCACUCAAGCAUUAUCUUAUCCUGUAUCACCUACAAAGCAAUGUUUUUCAAGAUUUGAUUCUUAUUAUGUCAAUGAAAGUAGUUGUGGUUCUCUCGAAGGACAAUUUUGGCAUCUAGUCUGGUGUUCUGGGGAAUUUUCUCUUCUAAUUUACCCGCCUUGUUUAAGUGAAAGAUCUUCAGAAAAGAGCUAUGAUCUUGUAACCUACUAGUUGUGGCUCCUAUAAUUUUUAUAAUUACACAUUUUUUUUUUUUUACUAAAGAAAGAUUGAAGGUAUUUGCUUGGAUUUUGUUUUUAAAUGGUGCAAAGACAUCACUGAAAGUAUUCUUAUUUGUGGUUUCUGAUGUCAAUUCCCUAAGUAAUGCUUGUUUUUGGAAAAUGACAAGGACUAAUAAAGAACACUAAGGAAUUGAUGAAAAUAAUUUGCUAAAAUACACCUCUUUGGGGGGCAGCUAGAUGGUGCAGUGGAUAGAGCACCGGCCCUGGAGUCAGGAGUACCUGAGUUCAAAUCCGGACUCAGACACUUAACACUUACUAGCUGUGUGACCCUGGGCAAGUCACUUAACCCCAAUUGCCUCACUAAAAAUUAAAAAAAAAGAAAAAGAAAUAUAUAAAAUACACCUCUUUGAAGGUAAUGAAGCGGUACAUAAAAAUAAAGGUAACAAUAUUGUAAAUUCUUAUGAAGAAAGAAUAUAUAAUGACUUGGAAACAAUUAUUAAAUGCUACAUGCAGAUUUCUGACUACUCAACAUUCCAGUGAUGUUAUACAUUUACUACUUUUUUUUUUUUUUUGGUUAGGCAAUUGGUGUUAGGUGAUUUGCCCAGGGUCCCACAGCUAGUAAGUGUUAAGUGUCUGAGGCUGAAUUUGAACUCGGGUCCUUCUGAACCCAGGGCCAGUGCUCUAUCCACUGUGCCACCUAGCUGCCCCAUGUUAUACAUUUAUGAUGAUUUCUGAUCUUUACAUGUCCUUAAUAUAAAUUUCAAGAAAUGGAGUAGUACCUGUUGUUAUGGCUCUGUAAAGUCAUUCUUGUGAGCUACUUUGCAUGUGUUUAUGCCACUUUCCCCCUUCAACCUCAUAGAUUUGAAUUGUCACAUCCUUUAGAAGGCUGAGGCAUCUACCUCACAGGGUUAUGGUGAGGUUCAAAUAAGAUAAUAUUUGUAAAGAACUCAACACAGUGCCUGGCACAUGCUAAGUAGUUAUUAUAUGCUUGUUCCUUUCCCUCCUUGGGGCCUGAAAAUAAGUUUAAAUAAAUAUGUCUUUGUUUUCUUUUCUGGUUCUUUAAAUAGUUUUCCAGUUUGGGGAAUA